AUGAGUGACCUUUGUCAUAACUGCGGCGAUUGUCAUCUUGGAUCUAAUCCGAUGCCAUGCCCGCAACCUCUCAACGAAUGUAUCAUCUGCAGGAACUACGGUCAUACCUACAAUUUCUGCCCGCUCAGUGUGAGAGUCAUCGACAAGAACUAUCAGUACUGGAUGCUAUGCCACAAUUGCGAUCGGUGGCACCUCCCGCGUCCGUGUGGAUUCUCCUUGGUGACAUGCCCAAAAUGCCAUCAUGUCGGACAUUUGCCGGCCUUUUGCCCGCUUCUUCCAGCCGCUCGCGUGCCGCCGUUAGGAGACUCUACGACACAGGGCCGACAACAACCCCACAGCACCACGUAUAGCAGAGACUCCGGAGCCCUCACCGGAUCCGCCGAAGCCCACACACAGCUCAACUCCUCAACUGUGCCACCGAAUCCGUACAUGCCACCGAUCUCUAGCACUACCGGACAGCAUCAAGGCGCCGCAUCUUUUGGUCUUGCCACAAUGUCGAGUCUGUAUGACAACGUGCAUGGUCAGCACCACCAGAAGCAACCGAGACAGAACGCCGAGAUGCAGACAUUUCCAACCCCAAUGCCAUCGUCGGCAAUCAAAUCGACCUCUCUUGCUACCGGCGAAGACCCAUUUGUUGACUCUGUACCGAGGGAUCAGUCGUCGGUCCCGCACGACCCCUACGGUACUCAGUCUCUCGGAAACGCUGCUGUAGAGCCAGAGACUGCAGAAUCUGGCGAGAAGUCCAAGCCUGUACGAAAGCCUCUCAGUAAAGCCACACCUUGUUAUGCCUGCAAGAAGGCCAAGAAGCGAUGCAGACACUUGCAGACUGAUGCCAUGWACAGCACUUUGCCCGCAGCGGAGGUCGGAGAAGCCGAAACCGCGAAGACCACGGUUAAGAGACUCAAGCUUACCGUCAGUAACGACACGGCAGGUCAAGAUCACGAGUAUGUCCAGACAAUGGCCGCUGGUGCUGGCCAGGAGAGCCAGGACAGUACAGUGCUACAAGACAGUGGAAGAAAAGACGCGAACAAUACACACCAAGGCAACGGAGCAGUCUCCCACGGAAGCGAUGUCACUUCAGGCUGGCUGCAGCAACCCGGUGAUAACAGCAUGCAAUCGUUCCUGCCAGCAAUCAACACGAACGCAAACGCCACGAAUGCGACCCAAUCUCACAACCUUCCUCCACUCAGCGACGCUAUGGCAGCCAGCAUACUUUCGAACUACAACAAUAACACGGGCACCUACAUGGCGCACUCCCAUCAAACGACUCCGUUUGCGAACAGUGGCAAUGUGACGCAUCAGUCACAAUCUGUGGUUCUCGGCGAUUCYCGGCCGAUAGACGAUCAAUCAUAUGGGAUGGCGCAGGCUGGUUUUCGCCGAGGUGGUGAUGUCUUCACUUUCGACGACACCUCCAGGAUUGCCAGCUUCCGGGAGAACAAGCAAGACAUGAACGUGCACUCAGUCACGGAGAGCCCUUCCGGCCAGAUCCAAUAUGAACAGGCCUCGCCUGCGGUCACGGAUACGCCCGCCGAGACGGUGUCCACUGCGAAGCCCAAGAAAGUAGCAUCGAAGAAGAAGGGUGGCGGCCGCAAGCAGAAGAAGUGA